AUAAGCGAUACUAUCGGCUGAUGUUGCAAAGCAUUCAGCGGCCUACUCGGAUAACUGGAAUAAGAUUUUUUUUUUGCCGUGGAGCUGAGAAGUUAUCAACUCAUCCUAUUCAUACUACUUGGUUCUCAAGGACGCUCUUAAACAGCUUUGAAGUUUUUACUUAGAACCGAUAGCUGAACAUUGAAAAAGUUUUUUUUAUAAAUUGUGUAGUACUUGACUUGUGCAUUGGAAAUACUGAAUAAAUAAGAUCGAGUCUCUUCGGAUAAUGGGUGUUUUUGCCGUGGAGUUUGGCACCUUUGGAAGUGUGCUGUUGCUGAAUGUUGAUGAAAAUUUAAUAUGUUGUAUUUUUUCAAGGUUGUCAACUCAUACUGAUUGGUUCUCAAGGACGCUCAGUUCCUUUAUCAAUUGUUUAGUAUUGGACUUGUGCAUAGGAAAUACUAAAUAAAUCAGAUCGAGUCUCUUCGUACCAACAAUAUUGACAGAAUACGUAAUUAAGCUUAUUUGUAGAACAACCAAUCAAAUGAAAAUACUUUAAAUAGCUCGCAAGCAACGAUUCCGGACUAGUUCUUCGCAUUAAAUCACAGCAGAAUGUUCACCCCUCCAAACCGUCACCGACUUCCGUCGGAACUCGAGGUGAUGCCGUUCAUCCUGCGGGCGAUGGAGUUUACCGGUCUUUGGGGAUCGCCGGUUCAGAUUUUUCGAUUCCUGGCGGCGUUUGGCUGGGGAACGAUGAUCAUUCUGUUCCCGAAGGCCGUGCUCGGAAUUGGGAGCAACCGGUUCGAUGAAAUCGCCAAGGGAAUCGGUGAGUUGUUCUUCGAGGGAAAUUUGUACGGAGCGACGGCGAUUUUUGCUUUGAAAAGGACCGCUUUCGAGCAGUUGAUUGACGGAUUAAGAGAGAUAUUUCACAGGGCUAUGAACGGUCCGCACUCUAAUGACUGCUACGAUCUGCUACUUCGUCAAAAUUUGUCCAUCAACAAAUUUCUCAAAGGUUUCGUCAUCUAUUGCUGCUUUGGUCCGUCUAUUUUCUGCGUUCCGUCGCUUGCCGCAAGUCACUUUCGGUAUUGGACGCACUCCGGGAAUCAAUCGGAACCGCUGAUCUUCGAACUACCCAUGGAACAAGAAUUCUACGGUCUUCUAGUCCGCACAAACUUCCUGCACUAUCACAUUUUUGUGCUCUGUUCGCUGUUUGCGUACUCCGUUUGUGGCUAUUUCCUGCUGGUCAAAGUGUCCGCCCUCCUCCUAAUGAUCCAGUACAGUUCGUCUACUUACCGCUUGGUGGAGCUUCGGAUCCGCAAGAUGGCCGAAUCAAAAGAAGUGACGCAAUCCGAGCUGGUGGACAUCGUCGAGCUGCACCGCUUGGCCUACCGCUGCUCCACCCUGGUCGAGCAGAUUUGCCACCUUCCGUUGGCCUUGGCGUUCCUAACCUGCAUCCUGUAUUUCUGCCUUACUUUGUUUUACCUGUCCCAUAACAUUGGCUUCAACCUGGUUAACGUGAUGGUGCUAUUUGGGCUGACUGUGCUGGAAACGUUUGGCUAUUCGUACCUGGGAUCGAAGCUAACGGAGCAGGCCGACGAGGUUGGCGCGGCCAUCUACGAUCUACCGUGGUUCGAGCACUCGGUUGAGUUGCAGCGGUACUAUCGGCUGAUGUUGCAACGCGUCCAGCGGCCUACUGAGAUUACGGGGGCCAAGUUUUUCGUCGUGCAGUUGGCAACAUUCGGCAGUGCGGUGCAAAUGUCGUACUCGUACUAUUUGGUGCUGAAGGAUUUGUUCACUAUGAUAUAAUGAUUCUUGUUAUUUGCAUUUUAAAUCUGUUCCUGAAUAAAAAUCAACUAAUCACUAAUGUGUA